AACUCGUUAAUGUUUUUUUUUAAAAAAGAUUAGCAUGGCCGUAAAUUUCAUUUAAAUGGCCUUUUUUCUGAUAUCAAAACAUGUAUAUUUUUCAAAUGUAACUUUAUGUAAGGCGGUGUCAUUGCCUUCGCUUAAUGAUGGCGGACAAAAUAGUAUACUUGGUGCUUUUUAUUUGUUUCGGAUACACACAUGGACAAAUGGAUACCUCAGUAUGUACCGGCCAAACUCCAGGACCACAUGAUCCACCGGGACCACCGAAACUUCCGGAUGCGUUCGAGGUUCACAUUGAGGGAAACAUUAACAACCGAAACUACACGAUUGACUUCCACCUUUGGUACAACAAAACAAUGAAUCAAGUAGCCACCCAUACAACGAAUGCUGGUAAUCGGUUGGAGCAUCUGUAUAGAUUCGACACAAAUGAGCUAUAUGUUGUGGACAGGGACCAGGGAAUCUGUACAGUGAAACCUUUAACCAGCGGUUUUCGGGCCUUCCUCUUUGCUACAGUUACAGGCGGACAUGCAAAAAUGAAGACAAUUGAACAGUUCAUGCGUUUCAAUGUGACAGGUAUACAAGAAAAGUGGAUUAACCAGACAGUGGUGCGCGGAAUCACGUGCAAUAUGUGGCGGGAAUGUCUGUACGAUGCGAAGAGAAACUCAACGAUGGUAGUCGACUGGUAUUUCAGCGUCCCUGGUUGGUACAACGCAAAGUUAUUGGAUCAAAUUCCAAUACGAGCGCACGUGUUUGGAUCCACGGUUAUGAAGAAUGGACAGAAACGAUCAUUUGAUCAUAUGUACGAAUUUUCGUACCUAAACGUACAAUCGGAAGGCGUUCAUCUUUAUGAUUUACAGACGCCUGCUGGUGUGUACUGCCCACGUGCAAAGAAUAUGAAACCUCUACCUACACCAACAUCAUCAUUCCAUUUUACCGCCGAGAUUUUGUUUGGACAGUCCAUUUCAAGAAUAAAGGAAUGGUACGACAGUGACUUGAACCUUGUCAGGUACGACUAUGACCCUCUAGGCACACAGAAAUAUGGAACUCUACCACUGACACAGGUCCACGACUUUAGUACAGGAGUUGCUUAUGUUAUUGACACGUUGCGUGGUAACUGCACAGCGACACCGAUCAGCAGUACUGGAUUUGACGUCAGGAACGCUGACCCAUCGCACGUGCGAAUAAGGACAUCAAAAGAAUUCUUCUACUUCGAUAAAGCAUCUUAUGUCUACGAAGGACGGAGACAGGUCCGCGGUAUAACGACUGACGUGUGGAUAGCCCAGAGAAAUGAUUGGCCAAAGGCUGGCUCGCCUAACUCUACGUGGGAAUGGUAUUUUGCAACGCCAAACUACACCGCUAAUCUGAUGCAAAAACCCACAUUUGGUUUACCUGUGCGAAUGGUACUAGAUGCUGGAAUUGGUCAACACUAUAUCUACAACAUCUACGACUAUGACGAGAGAAGACCUAUGAUCUGGUCCUACGACAUCAGUAAUUGUUUUAACUACUCUGAACGUCAAGAUUUCUCCUUCAGACUACCAGGAAGUUAUAGGAAACUGGUCAAUGGUAAUAUGGAACUGUUCCGAUAUGCGGUCCUCCAGGCGAUAGUUAUAGCGGGUACCAGCAAUAAGUUACAGCUAUCGGCUCUCAGGGUUUACAAUAUACAGAUUGAUUAUGCAGACAACAGCGAUAUUAUUGUACAGUUCACAUUGUUAGACAAAGCCCCUCAAGUAGGUGAUGUUAGUAAUCCGAAGCAAGAAAACAGCCUCGCUGUGGUUGCAAAGUCCAUUUCCGGUGCUAUAAACAGCGGACAGCUUAUCGUCCGUCUGCAAAUUCCACCGACAACGGCCAACAUGGUCGCUAAGCCCUAUUCAUUGUCUCCGGGUCGGAUGGUGAAAGAUGCAUAUUAUAAACAGACAAAGCCAGGAAGUACCUCAACUACAGGCGUUUCCGGUGGGUCCAUGGCAGGUAUGGGAGUAGCUUUGUUGGUCAUAUUUUUCAUUAUUGGAGUGGCCGCUACAUACUUCUAUUAUAGAAGACAAGGUGGUGCAUUUGGACCUCAAAAGAUUGAUAAUUCUGACAUUACAUCGACUGAUGCAUAAUAGCUAUAUUGUUCUCAUUCUUAAUACUACGUUACAAUUUUACUGCGAUGUAGCAUAUAAAAUACGUUACUUUAUCUUUUUAUGCAAAUACUCGAUUGGCUUUCACAAGAAGAAAAAAGAACAUUACAGUGUUACUACAUCACAUAUAAAACAUUAAAUUAUUUUUCUCAUUCUUACUACGUUACUAUUUUACUGCGAUGUAGCAGAUAAAAUACGUUACUACAUCUUUUUAUGAAACAUACCUGAUUUUCUUUCGCAAGAAAAAAAAGAACGUUACAGUGUUACUACAUCACAUACAAAACAUUAACAUAUUGUUCUCAUUCUUAAUACUACGUUACAAUUUUACUGCGAUGUAGCAUAUAAAAUACGUUACUUUAUCUUUUUAUGCAAAUAUCCGAUUUUCUUUCACAAGAAGAAUAAAAGAACGUUACAGUGUUAUCAAGACAUCACAUUUAAAACAUAAAGCUAUAUUUUUGUGUAGUGCAUAGUACGAUCAAGUAACGUAUUUUAACAUAAUUUUGUAAAUGUAAUAUCCUAUUACACUACCAACUACAUGUACAUGUUACGGUCAUUACAUCUCUUGAAGUAUAGGCACGUUAUUUUGUUUAAACAAUUAAUUCAGAAAGGAAAAAAUGACAUUAUAUAUAGUGAUGCUUAACUUCAUUACUACAUACAAAAUACGUAAUUGAAAUAAAAACGUUACUAUGUUACUCAAAGGAAUGUGUCCCUGGCAUCACAUUUCGAUUCAUGUAAGUUUUCUUCAGUUUAUUUUUGUCAGAGAAUGUACUUAAGAAAAUGAAGUUUUUUCUCUUCUGAGAUUUGUAUGGGAAGUCAUAAUAGCCCUUUAUAGUUGCAACAUUGUACAAGAUAAUUGAUUUAUUUAUCUUCUUGUUUAUGAUAACUGUAUUUUUUAUGUUCAAAAAGUCAAGUAAUGUUUACAUGUUUGAUUUUCUUUAUUGUAUCAUGGUUUACCUGCAGUGUCA